AUGCUUGAUGACAAGACCAACGACUUAUCAAAUAACCAAAAGUUAUGCCUCCAUAUAGCGAUGAAGAGAGAAGUCGUGUUCACCGCUUGUGGGUUCUUCAAAUUGGACUACACUCUAGUACAUUCUAUGAUAGCAGCUGCCACUACAUAUUUAGUAAUCCUCAUUCAGUUUGGACAACCGAGACCGACAUACGGGAUGUCGUCCAUUCCUCACAGCUCGAUUACAGACUCCAUCAACGCCACGAUUCCUUCGACAAUGAUAACCUAG